AUUUGAAAAAAUUGAUUGACGUGUUACAUACGUACAAAUCUUUAAUUACAUGUAUUUGUAAGAUGUAACUUCAUUCUGUCUUUUCUCUCUCCUCUUUCGCCUCUUCAAUUCUCUCCUUACGUACUUGCCAUUUGUUCUUCAGGGCGGGAACUUUCACUUGCCCCUAAUUUCCUACUACUAAUUUUUUUUCUAGGGUUUCGAUAAUUCCCAAAUUGAAUUUUUAAUUUUACUCAAAUUCUUGUAUGUGUGGAAAUUGUAAAGCAUUUUUGAAGAAAAUUUCAACUUAAAGAAGAAUUAAGAAGAAGAAAUUAAAAUGAGUAGUCUUCGAAAAGGUGCUAAUGUGUGGGUUGAAGAUAAAGAUUUGGCUUGGGUUCCUGCUGAAGUGGUUGAUUUUGUUGGCAAGCAAGUUCAAGUUGUUACUUCUACUAGAAAAAAGGUUCUAUCAUCUCCAGAAAAGUUGCUUUUGAGGGAUCCAGAUGCAGACCUUGGUGGAGUUGAUGACAUGACCAAAUUGGCGUACUUAAAUGAGCCCGGAGUUCUGUAUAAUCUAGAGAGAAGAUAUGCAUUAGACAGCAUUUAUACUUACACAGGAAGCAUUUUGAUUGCUGUGAAUCCUUUCACAAAACUUCCUCAUCUUUAUAAUUCAUACAUGAUGGAGCAAUAUAAGGGUGUGCCGUUUGGUGAGCUGGAUCCCCAUGUCUUUGCAGUGGGUGAUGCAGCAUAUAGAGCAAUGAUGAGUGAGCAUAGGAGUCAGUCUAUAUUGGUCAGCGGAGAAAGCGGAGCUGGAAAAACUGAGACGACAAAACUGAUCAUGCAGUAUCUUGCUUAUAUGGGUGGUCGUGCUUCGGGUGGUGAUAGAUCAGUUGAGCAACAAGUUCUGGAAUGCUGUAGAAGAAAUCGGUCCUCCAACGUUCUAUCAGUGGUGACAGACAAUGCAAAGAAUUGUAUCGCUGCCGGAAGAGAAAUUGAAAAGUCAAAUCCACUCUUGGAGGCAUUCGGUAAUGCAAGGACUGUGAGAAAUGACAACUCAAGUCGUUUUGGCAAGUUUGUUGAGAUCCAGUUUGACAUAGACGGUAGAAUUUCUGGUGCUGCAAUCAGGACCUACCUUCUAGAGAGGUCUCGUGUUGUUCAGAUUACCGAUCCUGAAAGGAAUUAUCAUUGCUUUUACCAACUUUGCGCAUCUAAGGAGGAAUCUGAAAAGUACAAGCUAGAACAUCCAAGCCAAUUCCACUACUUAAAUCAAAGCAAUGUCUACGAACUAGAUGGAGUCAGCAAUAGAGACGAAUACCUGAAAACACGAAGGGCAAUGACCAUUGUUGGCAUAAGCGACGAUGAACAGGAGGCAAUAUUUCGUGUAUUGGCUGCUAUUCUCCAUUUGGGUAAUGUGGAAUUUUCUCCUGGUAAAGAAUAUGACUCCUCAAAGAUAAAGGAUCCGACAUCUAGCUUCCAUCUUCAGAUGGCUGCCGAUCUUUUAGAGUGUGAUUAUGAUCUUUUGCUCUCGUCGCUAUGUACACGAUCCAUUCAAACUCGUGAAGGCACCAUUGUCAAAGCUUUGGAUUGCAGCGCUGCUUUUGCUAGCCGUGAUGCUUUGGCUAAGACUGUUUAUUCUCGGUUAUUUGAUUGGCUUGUUGAGAAGAUUAAUAGAUCUAUCGGGCAAGAUGCAAAUUCUAGCAUACAAAUUGGUCUCUUGGACAUAUAUGGCUUUGAGUGCUUUAAGCAUAACAGUUUUGAGCAGUUCUGUAUCAACUUUGCAAAUGAGAAGCUCCAGCAACACUUUAAUGAGCAUGUAUUUAAAAUGGAGCAGGAAGAGUAUAAUAGAGAAGAGAUCAAUUGGAGCUACAUUGAAUUUGUUGACAAUCAGGAUGUUCUUGACCUAAUCGAAAAGAAACCAAUUGGGAUCAUUGCUCUUCUGGAUGAAGCUUGUAUGUUUCCAAAAUCAACACAUGAGACAUUUACCACCAAGCUAUUCCAACAUUUCCCCUCACACCCAAGGUUGGAGAAGGCUAAGUUCUCACGUACAGAUUUUACCGUCUCGCAUUAUGCUGGGAAGGUUAAUUAUCAAACUGAAAAAUUUCUUGAUAAAAACCGUGAUUAUGUUGUUGUGGAGCAUUGUCACGUUUUAUCCUCCUCCAAGUGCUCGUUAAUUGCUGGUCUUUUUCCUGCAAUUUCCGAGGAGCCAUCACGUUCAUCAUACAAGUUUUCUUCUGUAUCCUCCAGAUUUAAGCAACAACUUCAAGCACUGAUGGAGACCCUUAAUCGUACAGAACCUCACUAUAUUCGUUGUAUCAAGCCAAACUCCUUGAAUCGGCCUCAUAUAUUUGAGAAUCAGAGUAUCUUACACCAAUUGCGUUGUGGGGGAGUUUUGGAGGCCGUGCGUAUAAGUCUAGCUGGUUAUCCCACCCGAAGAACUUAUGCCGAGUUUGUGGAUCGCUUUGGACUUCUAGUGCCAGAAGUUAUUUACGGAAGUUAUGAUGAGAAGACCAUAGCCCUCAAAAUCUUGCAGAAGCUGAAGCUUGAAAAUUUCCAAUUAGGAAAGUCAAAAGUUUUCCUUCGAGCUGGUCAGAUUGGUGUACUAGAUGCUCGAAGGACUGAGGUUCUGGAUUCGGCUGCUAGGCUUGUACAGGGUCGUUUUAAAACAUACAUAGCGCGCAGGGAUUAUAUCUCAUCUCGAGCUGCGGCAAUUUCUGUCCAAUCAUAUUGCAGAGGUUGUCUAGCUAGAAGAAUGUAUGCUGAGAAAAGGGAGGCAGUUGCUGCUAUCUUUUUGCAGAAAUACGUGCGUGGAUGGCUAUCAAGAACUGCCUACAUGCAGCUGUACAGCUCAGCUAUUAUUCUUCAAUCUUGCGUACGUGGGUUCUCAGCUCGACAAAGAUAUAUGUCUAGCAAGGAACAUAGAGCUGCCACCCUCAUUCAGGCACGAUGGAGGGUGUUCAAGGUUCAAUCAGCUUUCCGUCAACAUCAGAAAUCAAUUGUUGUCGUACAGAGUCUUUGGAGGCGUAAGAUAGCAAGACAAUUGCUAAAACAGCUUAAGCAAGAGGCUAAUGAAGCUGGUGCUUUGCGUAAGGCCAAGACUAAACUUGAAAAGCAGCUUGAAGAUCUUACCCUAAGGUUGCACUUGGAGAAGAGAUUACGGGUCUCAGUUGAAGAGGCCAAAGUGGCAGAAAUAACAAAAUUGCAGAGGAUUAUAGAAGCUCUCAAUUUUGAGUUAGAGGAAGUGAAGUCACAGACGACUAAACAUGGGAAGAAAAAUCUGCAGCUUGAGAGUGACUUAGAACUGUCGAAGAAAGAAAAAUAUGAGCUGCAAAAGCAAUUUCAGAACAUUGAAGGUUUCAAGAAGGAAAAUGCAAUUUUAAAGAAUUCAUUAGCAGAUUUGGAGAAGAAAAAUUUAUCACUGGAGGCUCAGCUGGGUAGUGCCCUGAGAGAGAACACUCAUACCAUGCAAAAGUUACGUGAUGUUGAACAGAAAUGUGAACAGCUGCAGCAGAAUUUGCGAAGUAUGGAGGACAAGUCGUCAAAUUUGGAGAAUGAGAAUCUUGUGUUACGGCAAAAGGCACUGAACCAGUCCCCAAAGAGAAAUCGUCCAGGAUUUGUAAGAGCAUUUUCUGAUAUUUAUUCAAGUGCAUUGAGUCUUCCAUAUACUGAGAAGAAGUCCAUCUAUGAGACACCCACACCAACAAAACAUACCUCAGUUUCUCAGGGACUAUCAGAUUCACGAUGGUCAAAAUUGACUGUUGAAAAACACCAGGUUAAUGAAAAUUACGAGUUCCUCUCCAAAUGCAUCAAGGAGGAUAUGGGAUUCCAAGAUGAUAAACCUGUGGCUGCCUGUGUCAUCUAUAAGUGCCUUCUUCACUGGCAUGCGUUCGAGUCAGAGAGGACAACCAUCUUUGACCACAUUAUCGAGGGUAUCAAUAACGCCUUGAAGGCUGGAAAUGAGAAUGACACGUUACCCUAUUGGCUAUCUAAUGCCUCAGCACUUUUGUGCAUCCUGCAGAGGUGUUUAAAGUCAAAUAGUUUCUUAAAUGCAGCUUCCAACCGGGGUGCUGGGUCCGCUAUUCUAAGUGGAAGGUUUGCGCAAGGUUUAAAGACUCCCUUGAAGUAUAUUGGCGUUGAUGAUGGUGUAUCACAUGUUGAAGCAAGAUAUCCAGCUAUCCUGUUUAAGCAACAGCUUACGGCUUCUGUUGAGAAGAUAUUUGGCUUGAUUCGUGAUAAUCUGAAGAAAGAAAUUUCUCCACUGUUAGGGCAUUGCAUACAGGCUCCAAAAGCUACGCGAAGUGGAAAGUCAUCCAGAUCACCUGGUGGAGUACCACAGCAGCUUUCAGUUAAUCAAUGGGAUAGCAUCAUCCAAUUCUUGGAUUCCCUCAUGAACCGUUUACGUAAAAAUCAUGUACCUUCGUUUUUUAUCCGCAAGCUCAUUACCCAGGUUUUCUCUUUUAUCAACAUUUCGCUCUUCAAUAGCCUUCUGCUACGACGUGAAUGCUGCACUUUUUCGAAUGGAGAAUAUGUAAAAUCUGGUUUAGCAGAGCUUGAGAAAUGGAUCUCAAGUGUGACUGAGGAGUUUGCAGGGACGGCCUGGCAUGAACUGAACUAUAUUAGACAAGCUGUUGGUUUUCUGGUGAUACAUCAGAAAAGGAAGAAGUCUUUAGAAGAGAUUAAGCAGGACCUAUGCCCGGCAUUGACUGUUAGACAAAUCUACAGAAUAAGCACCAUGUACUGGGAUGAUAAAUAUGGGACCCAAAGUGUCUCCAAUGAGGUAGUGGCUCAAAUGAGGGAGAUGUUGAAUAAAGAUAACCAGAAUCUAGCCACCAACUCAUUCUUGUUGGAUGAUGAUCUAAGCAUACCAUUUUCUACUGAAGAUAUAUCAAAAGCCAUCCCUGCUAUAGAUCCAAUGGAUGUUAAACCCCCAGUGGGCGUAUCAGAUGUUCCUGCUGCUCAGUUCUUACUCGAAGAUACAACAGCGCUGGUUUUGACGCCUUCAGUUACUACUUGAGUCAAGGUUGCCUUGCACAGAUUCCAUCUAGCUCUUGAUGCAGAGCCCACCAAACCUAUUCUUGUACUAGUUUGUACAUGGCCAGCAAUUAAGCAGACACCUAUCUGGAACUUUCUUCAGUAAUGAUAAAUCAUUUGCAGGAGCUUUCUUUUCAUGGUCUCGUAUAGCUAAAUUCUAGCGGUAAAGCAGUUGAGGUUGUGGUCGAAAGUAAAUCUGCGGUUGUUAUAGGUUCCACAUCUUAGUGAAGCUUGAGGUUGCCCAUUGUUUUUAUUCGUGGACAGCCUUCUAAAUGAUGUAACAUCAUUUGUUCAUAGACCACAUCUGUAAUUUACUAGUCAGUUCCUUUUGUACAUACAUAUGUAGAAACUCCGCAGCAUUACUUUGUACUUUUUAGUAGAAUUAGGUUAACAAUUCUAUUGCGUAUAUAUUGUCGCCUUCAAAUUUAGGAAAUUGUGGAUAUUCCUUGGUGCUGAUGAAGCUUCAACUUUACCCUUCUGUCAUUCUUUAACCAUAUUGUUGUACUCAGGUUCAUUAAAACAGUCUAGGUUUCUGUAAGUAUUGUUCAGUAGAAUCUGUUUUCCCGCAGAAGUUAUUGUAAUAAUUGACUAGAUUAAGUUUUAAUAUGAUCUGAAUGCCAGAAUAUUCAUUCAUAUACAUGUGGUUGUGCUUUUUCUUA